ACGGGAGUCGUCAAACGGUGUGUCGACUAAACUUUUUUGAAGCUUUCACCGCUCAUGAAACUGAGUUGACUUUGUUCAAAAUUUUGAAAAGUCUCUUCAAGGAAGAAAAAACAUAUCACCUAGAAGUCGAGAACCAAAAAAAACGAAUCGAAAAGAUCACAGCGGAUGGCGCCGACUCUUAUGAUAUUGCUAAGCAGAAUGAAGUACUAGAAGAAUCACAGUCAAUGAUCCACGAAGUCAAGAAUAAGCUUAAAGAAGCUUACAGGGAAUUACAGGAUUUAGUUAAUAAUCAAGAUCCAUCAUGGGCUGGAACAGAUGAAUUAAAACAAGCAGAAGAUAUUUUGAAAGAAGUUAAACCCGUGUUAAACAUUGACUAA